AUGUCGACAAAAGGAAGGGACGGUGGCAUGACGGAGAAAAGAGGGAGGUCUCCUUCGUUGCCUUUUGGGCAACGAAAGAGUAGCCCGACCCCUUCAAUUUUAGACAGAAAGAAGGGUUCGACUUCAAUAGAAACUAAGAAAGUUUCUAGUUCAAAUCUGAAAAAACAACCUUCGGACAAUAACAAACCUCCGAGAAGCUUACCACCUUCCAAAGUUACAUCCACGAGAUCAAAACCUAACCAAAAAAACGUUACGAGACCGUCGACGAAAAUAACCGGUUCAACGAAACCGAAGGAUGUCGGAAAAUCCCGUCCACCUCUUAGGCCGAAGAACGUUAUGAAUGUUAAGGAAAAUACGAACGCUAGCAGUAAGAAGCAAACGAAAAAGGGUUUAGAAAACAAUGUCGUGGUUUCCGAGCAAAAUCGAAUCAUUUCUGAUGCUCCCCCGUCAUCCAAAGAGGAUCACAACAUCGUAACUCACGAAGACAACAACAAAACCGUCCCGGUUUUUGAUAACGUUCAAAUGUCGGAUUGCAGUAAGCAACUUCUGGAGGAUGAGAACGAUGAUAUUUUGAAUAAUGUCGUGGAGAUCGAAACACCUCUUCCUGAUCCUAUUGCUUUAUCCGGAAAUCAAGACAUGCCCGAAUCUGAAAUACGUUACCGAGAUAAUGUAACGAUUGAUGGAAGUGUCGAUCAAGAACAUACGAAUGAUCACGACAACGAGAUCAACGUUCAAGAUCAAGUAAACGAGACUUCAGAAAUUGCUAGCGAUCGCCUUCUUGUUCCUGAUCAUCCUAAAGUCGUAGAUCAGGAAAAUGAAGGACUAGAAAUUGAACGAGUGGUGCAAGAUCCAUUCAUUGGAUCAAAAUAUGUCGAACAAGUAGAAUCUAACGACCAAGAUCACAAAGAAACCCCACAAAAAGAACCAGAAUACAAAAAACCGGAUCCAGAAGAACCAGAACAUGGAGAAACGGAUCUAAAAGAACCAGAACCAGAAGAAUCCGAUUCAAAAGAACCACAAGAGGUAGAAACUAAAGUACCAGAAGAACCAGAACAUCAAGAAACCGAGGUACGAGAAGAACCAGAACAUCAAGAAACCGAGGUACNAGAAGAACCAGAACAUCAAGAAACCGAGGUACGAGAAGAACCAGAACAUCAAGAAACCGAGGUACCAGAAGAACCAGAAUAUCAAGAAACCGAAUUACCAGAAGAACCAGAAAACAAAGAAACCGAAUUACCAGAAGAACCAGAAAACAAAGAAACCGAAUUACCAGAAGAACCGGAAAAUAAAGAAACCGAAUUACCAGAAGAACCCGAAAACAAAGAAACCGAAGUGCCAGAAGACCCAGAAAAGAAAGAAACCGAAUUACCAGAAGAACCAGAAAACAAAGAAACCGAAUUACCAGAAGAACCAGAAAACAAAGAAACCGAAUUACCAGAAGAACCAGAAAACAAAGAAACCGAAUUACCAGAAGAACCGGAAGCCAAAGAAACCGAAUUACCAGAAGAACCCGAAAACAAAGAAACCGAAGUGCCAGAAGAACCAGAAAACAAAGAAACUGAAUUACCAGAAGAACCAGAAAACAAAGAAACCCAAGUGCCUGAAGAACUGAACCAAGAAGAAACCCAAGUACCAGAAGAACCAGAUCACGAAGAAACCGAACCAAGAGAACCAGAACAUCAAGAAACCGAACCAAAAGAACAGCUAGAAACCAAAGAACAAGAAGAAACCAUAGAACCAGAAGAACCAAAACAGCAAGAAACCGAACAAAAAGAAUCAGAAAACGAAAAAACCGAAGCGAAAGAAGCAGAAAUGAAAGAGGGUGGUACAAAGGAAGGAAAUCUGGGGUCAAAAAUGGUGGUGAAGAAGCAAGAAGUUGUGGCUUAUGGGAAGAAGGAGACGGCAACUGCAUACAAUGAUGUGAUCGAGGAGACAGUAAGUAAGCUCCGAAGGCAAAGGAAGAACAGGGUGAAAGCAUUAGUUGGUGCAUUCGAAACUGUUAUUUCACUCGAGUCUUACGAAUGCUGA